CGAUGAAGCAAGUUGCUAAGAAAACUCUGACGCGAUUGGUCUCGAGAUGGCUCAGACGGCAUUCGACGUCUCCCCUUUCCGCAGUGAAACCCCAAACCCCCCGCAGAAAUGCUCUACCCCGUGUUGUGUGGAUUCCCGGGGAAGUGGUACUAAACGCGUCGAUCUUGAUACUUGGCGUAUGAUCACGAACUAUCCGAUCGUUUCUGAAAUUGUGUCCAUGUGUUUAUAAACGUUCACAGAGAACCUUCGGACGACAGCUUUCGCGGGGAAGCGUUCUGGUUCAGUUCAGACAGUGAGCUUACCGCACGCUCAAGGUGCAAGAGCCGCUUCUUUUCUACACGCCAUACUCUUUCAACUCCUGAGUUUACAGAGACGAAACUCUUUACUCAAGAUGGGUGAACUUCGAGGGCAGCGGCUUGUCUUGGCCGUCAGCGUUCUUACAUCGUUGGGUUUUAUGCUCAUUGGUUAUGACAAUGGCCUCAUGGGAGGCUUGGUCAAUGCCCCGGCAUUCAACUCGACGUUCGACUCUCCGGAUCCGACCAUGACAGGCCUCAUUGUGGCAAUCUACGAAGUUGGUUGUUUCUUUGGUUGUGUAGCAACGGCGAUAUUCGGCGAGAAGUACGGCCGCCGGAAGACCAUUGGAACCGGUUGCUCUAUCAUGGUCGUCGGUGCUAUCAUCCAAGCUGCUUCAUACGGACGCGCCCAGAUGAUUGUCGGGCGAAUCGUCUCGGGUGUCGGAAUGGGCAUCGUCAACUCCACUGUACCUGUCCUUCAAGCCGAAUUCAGCCCCAAAGCAAGCCGUGGCAUUUACGUCUGCGCACAACUAUCUACCCUAAACUUUGGAAUCUUCCUCAUCUACUGGAUCGACUACGCUUUCUCGUCACACCUUGAAAGCUACGCCUGGAGAGUCCCGGUUGCUCUGCAGUGCAUCUGCAUCCUGCCGAUGUUCAUCAUUCUGCAAAUCAUACCAGAGACCCCACGAUGGCUUGCGGCACACAACCGAUCAGAUGAAUGCCUGGCCGUCCUGAAGCGCCUCAAGUGUGACGAGGACGAGGACACAAUUCUUGCUCUGCACAACUCGAUCACGCAAACGGUAACGUACGAGGCCGAGAAUAGCGCGAGCUCGUGGCGAGAUCUCUUGGUGCAAGACCGUAUUCAGAGCCAGAGGAGAUUUCUCAUUGCGUGUUUCUUGCAAGGCGCACAGCAGCUCGGAGGAAUCAAUGCUAUCAUCUACUACAGCGGCACUCUCUUUGAGAAGAGCAUCGGAUUCGAUAGCCACAUGUCGAGUCUCAUGUCUGGAUUCUUACAGACUUGGUUCUUCGUUGCCUCGUUUAUUCCAUGGUUCUUGAUCGAUCGCGUGGGCAGGCGACCCUUGCUCUUGUCCAUGAUUAGCGUCAUGGCGGUCGUCAUGGCAGUUCAAGCAGCUCUUAUCUACCAGGUCCAGAACUCUACUGCCAUCGCCAAAUCAGCUGGCAUUGGCGCUGCGGCAAUGCUGUUCGUUUUCCAGGGUGCCUUUACCAUCGGCUUCCAGGCAACCGUCUGGGUUUACCCGUCGGAGAUUUUGCCUUUGCGGAUUCGGCAGCUCGGCUCGUCUAUUUCCAGUGCAACCAACUGGAUUUUCAAUUACAUGGUUGUCCAAAUUACUCCGAUCUCUAUCUCGAGUAUUGGAUGGCGCACUUACAUCAUCUUUGCGGUUUUGAACGCGGCGUGGGUACCCGUCAUCUACCUGUUCUUCCCCGAAACCAAGGGAUUGGAGCUGGAGGAUGUUGAUCGCCUGUUUGCCGGCGAUGACUUUGAAAAUACGAUCCAUGACAGAGACAGCAAGCAUGAAGUCUGGGAUAUCGAAGAUGUCAGGGCGUGAUUGUGGUAGCUGCUGGGUUAAGACUCAAAAAGCACAGAUUGGAAGCCAUUGCGGCAAAACGAAAAAGGGGGCAUUGAACGUAGAUUUGCUGAGUGAACUUCAUGUGAAAUUCUUGGUAUGAAUAAGAGCAGAGUUCUAAAACCGAUCAUCUGUGAUAUGGUAUCUUUUACGUUCGUUAGCAGUCUUCAUGCAGUUGCUCUGGCACGGCCAAGACGAGCCAGUCUCAAAAAGUGGACGGAAUGCUAUCUUCAUGGCUCAACUGGCGAGAAGACCCUCUUCUGGGUAAAAUUGG